AUGACAUUAGUUUUCAUGUGCAUAUUAAUCAAAUUGAAAGAUGAGAAACAGUCAGAACCUGUAGAAGCUAUUGUGGGCUUUCGUUUGUUAAAUCCACAUUUAGCUAAUCGACUGUGGAAAGCUGCCGUCGAACAUCAUGCAUUUUUUCGACUGAAAGAAACGCCAGCACCUAAAAGACCUUUAUCAACACCUAGUUUAAGUAAAUCACAAUUUCGUUAUACAGGACGAACAUUCUUCCAAUAUCGUACAACGAAUAUUGAUAGGCCACAUCCACGGUUUAAUCGUUCAAUGUUGAAGCGACGUACGGCAAGUAUGCCUACUGGUUUAAAUGCUGCUAUGAAUAUGCAUACAUUAAACAGAGCACAUCCACGUGAUAUGACUGUAGGCAAAAUUCAAAAUAAUGAUCAGUUACAAGGAUUACGAAGAUUUGGUUCUGUUCAAAUGGGUAGUGGAGUAAAUGGGAAUAGUAAUGCAACGCAAUUAUACGGAACUGUUCCACGACAUCAUCCAUAUUCUGAGUCUGUUGUGUCUGAAGUACAAGAUGUACAGUCUCAAAUGAGUAAACAAUAUAGUGAUGGUGUUUCAAAUAUUUUAUCAUAUGGGUCUGUAAACGAAAGUUAUGAUAAUGAAGCUCCUUAUAAUGAUUAUGUAAAUUAUCGACACUCUGGAAAAGGUAAACCAGACGAAAUGUUGUCUGUUACAGGUGGAUCUCAAUCAAGUGACUAUCCUAUUAUUCAACAUGGUCAAAACGAUCGUAAAGGUAGACAUCCUUCUGAGAUAUCAAAUUCCAUAAAUGAGCGUAGACCGAAUUCUCCUAUAUAUGCAAAUACUAAAACACAUCGUCGUAAGAAGCAUCAUGAUGAGUCAUCAACGAAUACUGUCCAACAAAAAGAUAAUUACACUUAUGAUCCGAAUACGAGAAUAAGCAAUUUGUCAUCUAGUCAUAAGCCUCCUGUAGGUGGUGUGCCAGUAUUCGGAGGUGUAAUGCUUCCUAAUAAUCACCAUAAUCAGGAAGUAGAUAGAUUGAAACGAUCUGAUCAACUGCGCCCUUUGAAUUCCCCUCAUUUUAAGAAGAAACAACAAUAUCAUUCAGAAGAGAAUGAUGAUGAACAAACUGUCACGCUCACUGAAGACAAGGCUGAUCAUAAUCAAUACAAAUCCAGUUCUAAACAUCGAAAACAAUUACAGACCGAUCAUUACAGUGCAGUAUCUAAUCAUAAUAGACCUAGACAUUCCGGACGAUCACAUCGAAGACAAUCAGGAAACGUAGAAGGCAUGUUAUAA